CUUAUUCAAUCGUCAACUGUCAGUUGAGGUGUCGCGGUGUCGUAAGAAACGUUUGUCAAGUUUUGUUAAUAAUUCUUUGCUUAAUUUUUCUGUAAAUAAUAUCGAAAUGUUGCCAGCUCCACUAGACCUCACUACGGGACGUAAAGCGCCACCGGUGGUUCGAACUUUCCCGAAACUGGCUCCUCUUGACUUAUCACAGCAAACCGAUUCACGAGCCGUGAGCAGUCCACGUAUUGUGAUGUACGACCCGUACGGAUGUUUCGCUUCCACAAGCCUUGGCGGCGCUCCCGACAUGGCCAGCGCCGAGGCCAGCGCUGUAAACAAUCAAGCCACAGAGGAAGGAUGUAUCGCUUCCGCGCGUCGUGGCGGAGUUCCUGAUACGGACAGCUGUGUAAACAAACAUGUUGCAGAGGAAGGCGGGUUAGAUGGUCUGCCCGAGGAACUUCACACGAGCUUCUCGGAGGAAGAAUGGAUCGGACAAGCAGGCCGGCAAGCCCGCGACCCCGCGUCUGACCAAGAACGAUUUACGAUGGAAGAUGACUUCAACGAAAGUCCGCAAGACGGGGACUUGGCGUCGGAUGAAUGCGAAUCCUUGGACUUCAGUGACGUUAGUUGGGACUCAUUCAUGAUCGAUUCUGCAGAAAUCGAAGAAGCUCAGCGUGUAGGGUCCAGCGAGGCCAGUCCACGAAGACCGUUCGCAACGCUGCCUGUUGUGACAAAUCGCAGCUCUGAUUUCAUCCCGAAUCGCUCCAAAGCCCACACUUCCCCGCCCAGCUCUGGAAAGGCGCAUGUCAACGGUAUAACAAAAAACAAGCGUGUCAAGUAUACCCCGGAAAUACUUGCGUGUGCCAUUGAGCAAGUUCGUAACGGUUCAAUGACCCAGUAUAAAGCAUCGAAAGAGUUCUCGAUCCCAAAGAACACUUUACGUUACCGUUUGGGUGAAAACUACAAGAAUAAAGGACGAAGGGGCCCUGAAACCGUCCUGACCUGUGACGAGGAAUCCCAAAUUGUUUGCUGGAUUAAGGAGAUGCAGAGGAAGGCGUUCCCUGUUACGACCGAAGCGUUACGUCGGAAAAUAUCCGUUUUUUUGAAGGAAAAUCCACGUCGUAACCCUUUUCGAGAUAACACACCAGGUCGACGCUGGCUCGAAGGAUUCCUUCAGCGUCACAAGGACGUGAGCAUACGUACACCAGAAGCAAUAAGUAAAGCUAGUGCUAAUGUGUCGGAAUCAGACUUGCGAAAAUGGCACGCGCAGGUGGGAGAGUACGCUCGCGAUUACGGCCUCGAAGAUAUUCUCGAAGAUCCUUCUCGUAUGUUGAGCGGAGAUGAAACCGGCAUGCCAAUGAACAUUACGGCUCAAAAGGUUCUUGCCGAGAAGGGGAGUAAGAACGUGUCCAUAGUUGAACCGAGUAACGCGAAGCAAACAACAACUGUUUUGUUCACGUUUUCGGCCGAUGGACAUUCGUACCCGCCGCUCGUCGUUCUUCCACAGCAACGGAUUGGAAAGGAGAUAGCUCAGCAUUAUCCUGGCGAUUGGGGACUCGGCGGAACGGAAACGGGGAGGAUGGAUACUGCUAACUUCGUUGGCCACAUCAAGAAAGUCCUACACCCGGCUUUGGUGAAGCGGAAUGUGCAAUUUCCAGUCAUUUACUUCGUGGACGGCCACAAGAGUCAUAUGUCGCUAGAGGUCGCUGAAGCGUGUCUGAAGCUGCAGAUCGUCCUGAUCUCACUGUACCCGAACUCUACUCGUAUCAUCCAACCUGCGGACGUUGGUGUUUUCGGACCGUUGAAGCAUUACUGGAAGAAGGAGGUUAAAAAGUUCAAGGAUGAAAACGGUGAAAGUGCCAAAAUUACACCUGUAACGUUCCCGGAAAUCCUGCAAAGGGCGAUGAAGCACGCUUUCAAAAUUAAAACCGUCAGCGAGUCCUUCAAGCCGUGCGGACUUUUCCCAUUCAACGCAGAUGCUGUGGAUUACAGUAAAUGCUUUGGCAAAUCUCGUAAAGAAUUGAACGUAUUAGAGCAGCAUGAAGCACACUCCAACCGCGCAUCGCAAAAUCUUGGUGACCAUUCGGGCUACUCAUCAACAGAUGUCGCUGCGUUGCCGUCAAGUUCUUCCCGACCGUCAAGUUCUUCCCGCCCGUCAGGUUCUUCCCGACCGUCAAGUUCUUCCCGCCCGUCAAGUUCUUCCCGACCGUCAAGUUCUUUCUAUGGCGAAUUUGGAUCACAUUACACAUCUUGGAAUGAUUCGUUUGUUGAAACAACGCUUACGCCGGAACCAGUAAGCCGAACCGUUGUUCCGGCUCAGUCAGAUUUGCCGGCUGCAGGAACCACAUCGCUCGAGUGUGACAUUUCGAAGUACCUCACAACGCCAAAAACCCCCGAACGAGCCCGCAAGCACAUCAACUACAAAAUAAAAGCAAAUCCAGUUUUGACUGCUGCAGAACGUCUGGAAGAUAUCCGAAGGAUCGAAGAGGAGAAAAAAAAUCUCCUUCAGAGGAGGAUUGAAAUCGCUGAAAAAAAAGUGCAACAGAAGGCAGAGAAUGAAGUUGAAAAGAAGAAAAAGGCCGAAGAACGUAAGAGAAAAGCGGAAGAAAACAAAGCAGCAAAGGAGGAGAAGCAGAGAAGGAUUGAAGAGCGGAAGAAACAAAGAGAAGAGAAAAGGGAAGAGGUAGAAAAGGAAAAGAAGAAGAGGCUUGAAGAGCGCGAGAAAAAAGCAGCAGAACGGAAGCAGAAACAGGAAGCAAUUGAAGCGAAAAAGAGAGAGAAGAAAGCUAAAAAGAAAGAAUUGGUACAGUUAGAGCGAAUGACAUCAAGUGACGAAGAUUCGGAGUCAUCCGAAGAAGGCGGGGUUGAGAUUGAAGAUGAUGCCUAA